CCGAUGGUCACUCCAUUCCCUUCUUGAGCCAGGAUUUUGCCAGUCCGUUGUUGUCCGCUCAUGUUUGUCAAUCUUUCCGCUUGUCUUGGGUCUUCAGUAUUGGACUUAGGUAGGGCUGAACUUGAGCUCACCACGCCCGCCUCUCUGUUUCCGACCUGUUGCGGUCAUUGUUUUGACCUCCCCAAGAAUCCGUUGACGACGCGGACAAUGUUGACUCCACACCUGAUUUCAUGCAUGCCAGGGCCCGGGGAACAAAAAGGGGACGGUGCGGGACCUCCAUUUAGUGUACACUAUUCCUGGUCCCCCAGAAUCCGGCAGAUGGCGCCGUGAUUGGUCUUUGGACAUGGGGAGCGGAAGCGCUGCUUUGUCUUUGCCACGGAGGCCCAUAUAUUGACGGCACCAAGCUGGGUUCGGCUAGCCUGGUCCAGGAUCCAGCCACUAAUAAGCAGCAUGUUUCCAGCCUUCCCCGCUCACCCUUCGAAGGCUCGAACCCACACCUGGUGGUCCAUCCUCCGAGCCUCCGUACCAUUUUAUACCGU